GAACUGGAACCGCGGACAGAGCUUCGAGCUGCUGCACCUGUAUUCGUACCAGGACCCGCACUCUUGAAAGCGAACCAACUCGCAAAAGUUGCAUCACCAUCACCAUCACCACCACCACCACCACCUCCUCCUCCCCUAGACGACAUUGCCACACACACGUAGCCCACAAUGGAUAUCGACGAAGACGAUGACUUUUACGGCAACGAGGACCCCGCUGUCGAGACCUCAGCGACGGAUCCCGUAACCGAAGCUGCAGCGCCUGAAACCAAAUCCUCGCCCAAAGUAGAGUCCAAGACGGAAGAGCUGGAGGAGGGCGAGGAGGAGGACGAGGGCGGCGCCAUGGACGAAGACGAGGACGACUCAGAUAUCGAAAUCGUCACUGAGCGUAAGGACGGCACAAAGGCGGCACCGCCCACACAAUCACGCUACAGCGACAUCAGAAACAUCCCACAAAGGUCGGCUUCCAACGACAUGACGGUCAAAGCCGCCCCUCUGAAGAAAGAGGAGGGCUCCGUGGGAGCCUCGCCCUCCGACCUUCCUCUGGGUGUCCCCAGUGCCGACAAGGCUGCCGCUGCAGCUUCCAAGUCGACCAUCGACGUCAACGCGAACCCCGACUACCCCCCCGUCGGCAAGCCCAUAACCGCCGUCAACAUCGACGAGGAUCUGACCGAGAACGACAAGCCGUGGCGCAAACCCGGUACUGACAUCAGCGACUACUUCAACUACGGCUUCGACGAGUUCACUUGGGCUCUCUAUGCCGCCAAGCAGGAGGCCGUGCGCGGAGAGUUCAGCGGCGACGCCAUCGCCGCAGGUCAGAAGAAGAUGAUGGAGGACUUUGGCAUGAUGAUGAUGGGCGGCAUGAACCCCGCUGCCGCUGGCGCCCAGGGCGGAGGCAUGCCCGGAAUGGCGGGUGGUGGCAUGGACGGCAUGCCCCCUGAGAUGCAGGCCAUGAUGCAGCAGAUGAUGGGUCAGGGUAUGGACCCCAGCCAGAUGGACCCCUCCGCCAUGUCGGCCAUGUUCAGCGGCAUGCAAGGCCAGGCAGGCAACGCGGGCGGACAGGGCGGCCAGGGCCAGAACUUCAACCAGGGCUUCGGCGGAAACCAGGGCCAGUACGGCGGCUACGACCAGCAAGGCAUGGGCGGCGGCGGCGGCAACCGCGGCGGAUUCGGCGGUAGGGGCCGUGGCGGACGCCGUCAGUGGUGAGGCCACGACGGACUCUGCCCUCAUGUGUCUUAUCAAUGAUGCGCUGGUUAUGAUCCCAGCCCGGCCCGGCGUUUGGAGGAUUUCGGUGGUCAGGUCACAACGUGGUUUGCUUUUGUGGGUUUCCGGAUUUGGGCCAUAAAACUGGCACCAGCAGGCAUAGAGAUACCCUCACAGUUACUCUGGCGUUCGUUUCUCUCCGAGGACCGUGACCGUGUCUUGUCAUGGCCACAAAGAAUCAUGACCAAUCCGUGAUUGCAUAGUGGUAUCCGGGCACUGUUGCCCGACUGGUCAUUACACUGAUCGGCUCUACCGUGGACGAAGUCCUAAGCCUCCCAUCGUCAUGAGACAACCCCUCAAGUCUCUCGUCCCAGUAAUCUCUGAUGGUAGUGGCAGCUCACUGUUGUUCGGAUGCAAGUGUCCCGCUGGUGGAUAGAGUUUAGUCUCAGUAUUCUCAUUUAGGGUCAGCUUGUGUCAUGAUGAGCCUGGAGCUUGCCUGAAUGCCAUCUGCUUACAAGUUUAACUGUUUGUAUAAAGAUUGGAGUAAUUAGAAACCAGGUUAUAUCACUACUGUAC